AUGGGGCCGCGGUUUUCCCUCCUGGUGGCCGCGCUGGGCAGCUGCCUGCUUCCUGCCCUCGGUUGUCUCAUAUGUGAUAAAAGGGUCGUGGAUGCGCUAAAAAAGAUGGAGACGGAUUACCUGCCUGAUCACCUGGACGCUCAGUAUCACAAAGACUUGAUUGAAAAGCUAUCGAAUGGCAUGAGGGAGUUCGAGAACCUGCAGCUUGAGGAUGAGAGCUUUUUGGGGGUCAUUGAUGAUCCCACACUGGAAAAGGGAACCAUGAGUUUUCUGAAGCAACUGAAACGCAUCACGGACAGUGACGUAAAAGGUGAGCUCUUUGUGAAGGAGCUGUUCUGGAUGUUGAAAAACGAAAAGGAGAUCUUGUCCAGACACGUUUCUGUGUUCCAACAAGACGUUCUCUGUCCCAACAAAUGUGGCAUGAUGUUGCAGUCCAUGAUCUGGUGCUCCACAUGCGAGAAGAAGCUUCACGCCUGUCGGAAGAAAGCGGACUGCGGGGAGCGCAAAGUCAAGGUCCACGAAACGGAAGACAUGAUCCUGGACUGUGAGCUCAACUGGCAUCACAUUUCCGAAGGCCUGACUGACUACAGCUUUUUCAGGGUUUGGAAGAACAAAACAGAGAGUUUGGUGUACAAGGGGACGGCGCCCACCCUGACCAAGCCCAACGUGAAGGCCUCGGACGCGGGCGCCUACCGCUGCCAGCUGAACACCGUGAAUGACCUCCCGGCCACCAUCAUCCAUUAUCAAGUCCGAGUGUUGCCCCCCAGGGAGGCGGAAGAGACGCCGUCCACCGUCGUCCCCAAACCGGAGGACCUGGACGUGGCCCUGGACGAGGUGACGUGGGCUCCCAACAGGUCGUCCACGACCCCGCCGCCGCCGCCGCCCUCCGCGGCGCCCGCGCCCACGGUGGAGAGCAUGCUGAGGAGCCUCCUGGUCGGGCUGCUGAUCUGGGGCUUUGUGGUGCUGAUAGCCAGCAUCGUCAUCUUGAUGCUCUGCUAUUGGUCUGAGAAGAGUCCUGGCUACUUCAUCGACUCCAUAAAGACCUGGCUCAGCACUGCCCCGGAGGCGGCUCAGAGCCCCGACGUCCCAGAGAAAACGGCCAAGAAAUCCAGGAGCCAAUAA